AUGAGAAGGGAUGUGCGGAUACUUCUGGUAGGAGACGAGGGCGUCGGGAAGAGCACUAUAGUUACUUCAUUGAUUAAGGAGUCCUAUGUCUCCCAUGUGCAACAUAUAGUACCCGAAGUGACCAUCCCUCCAGAAGUCACUCCGGAGAAUGUGACGACCUAUAUUGUGGACUCGGGCGCUGGACCGCAGGAUAGACAGCAUCUCGAGUCCGAGAUCCGAAAGGCACAUGUCAUAUGUGUUGUAUACUCUAUUGACAACCCAAACUCCUUUGACCGGAUCCCAACCUACUGGCUGCCAUAUUUCCGGCAGCUAGGCGUCAAUGUCCCCGUGAUUCUUGUCGGCAACAAGAUUGACCUGCGUGGUGGAGAGGUCACCAAUGAGGCUCUGGAGGAGGAGAUUGUUCCCAUCAUGAAUGAGUUCAAGGAAGUAGAAACCUGCGUGGAGUGCUCAGCGAAGUUACCCCUGAAUGUCUCAGAAGUCUUCUACUUUGCUCAAAAAGCUGUCCUCCACCCGACUGCCCCGUUGUACGACUCCAGAGACCAUGUUCUGAAGCCGGCAUGCGUCAAUGCACUGAAACGGAUAUUCAAGCUCUGCGACAAGAAUAAGGAUGGUGUCCUCGACGAUGCUGAACUGAACGAAUUUCAGCGGAUAUGUUUCGAUGCCCCUCUACAACUUCAAGAACUGGAAGGGAUCAAGGAAAUGGUCCGAGAGCAUGCGGAAGGUGGAGUACGGGAUAAUGGACUAACAGAAGCCGGUUUCCUGUACUUGCACACGAUAUUCAUCCAGAGGGGGCGUCUAGAAACUACGUGGACCGUUCUCCGAAAGUUCGGCUAUGCGGAAGAUCUUCGCCUUACGGAAAGCUUCCUCUCGCCCAAGUUUGAUGUUCCAUAUGACUGCUCAGUAGAAUUGAGCCCACUAGGGUAUCAUUUCUUCACGGACAUCUUUGAGACUUAUGACAAGGACCAAGACGGUGCUCUCAAGACGUCCGAGCUGGAGGAUUUAUUCAGCACUUCUCCGGGCAAUCCUUGGGCGAGCCAGAGAUUCCCCGACACGACACUCGUGGAUGAUACAGGCGCUGUAACCCUUCAGGGCUGGCUGGCGCAGUGGAGCAUGACUACCCUGUUGGAUCACAAAACGACCUUGGCAUAUCUGGGGUACCUAGGAUAUCCUGAUGAACCCCGAACAAGCGCUUUACAAAUCACUAAGCCGCGAAAGGUCGAACGCCGCAAGGGCAAAUCGACGCGGAAUGUCUUCCUCUGUUAUGUCUGCGGUGCGGCGGGUUCAGGCAAGACGUCCUUGCUCCGGGCGUUUGCAGGGAAGCCGUAUCAGGAGGCGUAUGAGCCGACUAGCAAACCCAUAAGCGUUGUCAAUGCCGUGGAUAUUGAUGGGUCGGAAAAGUAUCUGGUUCUGCAAGAAUUUGGAGCUAGAUACGAGGCGGAGACGCUCAGGAAUUCGAAGAAGACCGACUUACCAGACGCUAUCGUUUAUGUCUAUGACUCGAGCGAUACAAACUCAUUCUCGUAUAUCAGUAAUUUACGGCAACAAUAUAGCUUGGAUCAUAUACCAACACUAUUCGUGGCGACGAAAUCAGACCUGGAUCUUGCCUUGCAGCGGCAUGAAGUGCAGCCCGACGUCUAUUGUCGUCGGCUAGGGCUGCAAGUGCCUGUCUCAGUCAGCGUAAAAACAGGCCAGACGGCUGACGUGUUCCAUGUCAUCUGCUCUGUGGCCAUGCAUCCCAAUUCAGCAAUCCCUGGCGGCGCGGAGCGUGCACUUUCUGCGACUGCACGCCUCCGUAUGUACGUCACAUGGACCGCGCUGCUAGGGGGCGUGUCUGCCAGCCUUUUGAUGAUGUACAGGACAUUGCUGCGACCCGGCGGUCCUCUGGGCACUUGGGGUGGACAAUGGGCGGGAUGGCUUUUGGGGCAUCGUAGGGAAUUAUGA